AUGGUUCGACCACGAGCACAAGCGGCUCGAAACCAGCCGGAGGUUGACUGGACGGGUCAGAUGGCCGAAAUGAGACAGUUGCUGCAAGCGCAGCAACAAGAGAUGAAUGCCUUACGUGAACAGCUAGCGCGUCAGAAUCAGGCACCACCAGCUGGAGGCGAACCAGCCCAUGAAGACCCACCUGCACGGGAAGAUCCCCCUGCAGCUGGCGGUCAGAACGGUCAGGAGAUACCGCCUGCACCGAUCGCACAUGUAGAAGUUGAGGGACAGGACCAUUACCCAGCAGAGGAUAGGCGUUGGAUCUCAACCUUAGAAAGGUUCCGUCGUAUGAAGGCGCCAGAGUUCCAUGGUUCCACAGACCCGAUAGAAGCAGACAACUGGCUGACUGAUGUUCAGGUAGACCUGAACCUUAUGAGGUUGAAUGACCAUGAAAAGGUCCUGUGUGCCUCCUAUAUGCUCAAGAAGGAAGCCCGCCGAUGGUGGCAGACGGUGGAGCUAAAAAGGAAUGUCGAUGAGAUGACUUGGCAAGACUUCAUUGAGGAAUUUAAUGAGAGGUAUUUCAACUUAGACAACAUGGCCGCCCAAGAGGAUGAGUUUAAUAAUUUUCGCCAAGGAAAUUUGUCCGUGGUAGAUGCGGUGCAGAAGUUCAAGCAACUAGCUCGUCUAUGCCCACACAUGGUGACCUCAGAGCGGGAGGAGGUUAACCAAAACAGGGAGGAAAGGGCUAAAUUCUUCCAAGCCAAGAAAGAGGAAAAGGCUAAAGGGAAACAAAACCCGGAAACCCAAUCCAAAGGGCCGAAUAGUAACCCAAGCCAAGGUAACAAGCAGCAAGGACAAGGCCAGAAUAAGAGGAAAGGGAACUUCAACCCAGGGAACCAGAAAGGCCAACCUCAGAAGAAGAACAACGCCGGGCAAGUUAACAACAGUUUCCCCACUUGCAACAAGUGUGGGAAGAAACAUCUGGGAGAAUGUAAAGCUGGGACAAACAUUUGUUUCACAUGUGGCAAAGAGGGCCAUUUUUCCAAGGAUUGUUAUUCCAACCCCCAGAAUCGAGCGAAUCAGAAUCAACAGAGAGUUCAGAAUCAGCCGAGAGCCUCAGGGAAUCAACUGCAUGCAAUUCAAGCCACGAUUGACGGACCCCAGAUUUCUCAGGGAAGAUUGGAAGCUCCGGAACCCCAAGCUCGUAUCUAUGCCUAUACUAUGGGAGAUACAGCAACUGGAACUUCCACAGUGGUGACAGGUCAGCUUCCUGUAGCCAACCAUGAUGCAUACGAUAUUGUAUGGUGCUAUCGAAAAUUAGGGGCCCGCCAGGAUUUUUGA